GGUAGCUACAUACAUUGUAUAUAAACAUAAACAAAUGCACUUAUAUUUAUCCGUUAUUAAGCACAUGUAAUUGACAACAAAUAACUUGACAAGCGGAGUGUUUGAUUUAUACUAUUUUUUAAGGAUGAGUGGCAAUCAAAGAGUUUACAGAGAUAACAAUUCGCCCUUACAGCCUCUAACACCGCUUUCGGUUAAUGCAGAUUUCAGCUUUCAAAUGGGCGGUGAUGGUUCCUUGACGCCUCAUCGUGGUAAACUGGAAGUCAAACCAAAGCUUCAAUUACAGCAACCACAUCAAGGACAGCCGUGCUGCCCACCUGAAGUAUACCGAAAUCCCAAUCCAAUUAGAACAAAACGUCAAGUUUGUGCAUGCGUAGCGGCGACACAUAUAGAUUCUCCGUUACCACAAAGUAAGGCUUUAUUCUUAAAUAUACACCCCCCGUCUUUGGGACAUCGUGAGGAAUAUUCGGCUAUUUUGAAAACAAUCUCAAGGAUGCACUUUGCCUUAGAGCAAGUUGGAAUGUUGAAAUAUUGGGAUUAUUUAAAGCGCUACGGCAUAGAUUUUAACAAGUUCAAAAAAUUAACUUGCAAGGAUUUAGAGUACCUAGGCAUUAGAAAUCCUGAACACCUCGCGAAAUUACUUAAAGCCGUUGAAAUGGCGGGUAAUAUGUAUUAAUUUGAAUGUGGUUUAAAUAAUAUGAAGAAUUUGUUUUAUAAAUUUGUCCUAAAACAGUGUCAGCUAUUCCAAUUAAUAUUGAAUAAUGAACGAAAUGAUAUAUACGUACAUACAUUAACAACACACUAAACUAAUUUGUUUUUACACUUGUAUUAUUUUAAAUGUUUUUAUGAAAAAAAGUUGUGGACAUUAAUUAUCUAUAUUGUUUCAUUACUGUAGUUCAAAUAUUAUAUUUAUUGUGUAAUGUAUAUACAUAUGUAUGUAAUGUACUAUAUGCACAUUAUCAUUUUUUUGGACAACCAAAUUUUUUUCAUUGAAUGUAUGUAUGAAUCUUAGUGUCUCCUAAUUCAAAGAUGUCGAAUUAAUAUAAUCAAUACGACGUACAAUCAAAUGGACAUAUGUAUGUAAUCCACUCACCAUUAUACGUUUUCUUAUUUUUAAGGUUUUCACAGUUUGGUUAUUACUACUAUUAUUGUUUUUUUUUGGUUCAUACAAAGGCAACUAGUCUGCUGAAAACUACUUUCACAAAACGUUAUAUGUAUGAGGUGACACUACUUAUGUAUACGUUAAAGUACUUUUAACACAACCGACAGCUAAUGCUAGCCAAACAAGACUGAGGGGUAUGUUAUGUGGUCUGGUAAUUAAACCGGCAUCGAUGCGGUGACUUAGUGUAGUUUAUUAAGUAAUGUGAGCGCAAUCUCAAAUCGCAAAACAUUGAGUUUAAUAUAUCAUAAUUUGUAUAUAAGUUGCAUAUAUAUAUAUAUAUAUAAAUAUACACCGAAACUAGUGAAGGUUGUUGUGACAGUACAUUAUUAAAUCUAACCUCACAUAUUUAUGUAUUAUCCUUUAGAAAUAAUUUAAUUAAAUACCAUUGGAAUAAUCAAAUAUGUAUCUUAUUAAACGCUUAUUGACAAAGCACAAUAGUUGUAGUCUCAAAAAUAAUUUGGGCAAAGUUAUUAUUAUAAUUAACAUUACAUAACCAUCUCUCUGCUAAAUUUGUCCGGUUGUUGGUUGCAUACUUGGUGGCAAUAGGUAAAUUACUUACCAAUCCCCUAGUGACUAGGGGUGAAAUCACCCAAUUGCGUCGACUCAGUUGCUGCAGACUGCGCGCUAGAGUUGCAGAACGUCUCAGAACUUGAAGCACCAUUUUACCUAAGAAUGAAUACACAAGUGUUUUUUUUAAUUAAUUUCACGCUAGUAGCAGCACAAAUCCACUACUUAAAACGACUACAGAUGUGAAAUUAUUU